AUGACAUCCCCAAGGACGACAGGACGUCACCAACGACGACAGGACAUCCCCAAGGACGACAGGACAUCCCCAAGGACGACAGGACAUCACCAUGGACGACAGGGCAUCACCAGGGACGACAGGACAUCCCCAAGGACGACAGAACAUCACCAAGGACGACAGGACAUCACCAAGGACGACAGGACAUCACCAAGGACGACAGAACAUCACCAAGGACGACAGAACAUCACCAAGGACGACAGGACAUCACCAAGGACGACAGAACAUCACCAAGGCCGACAGAACAUCACCAAGGACGACAGAACAUCACCAAGGACGACAGAACAUCCCCAAGGACGACAGAACAUCACCAAGGACGACAGAACAUCACCAAGGACGACAGAACAUCACCAAGGACGACAGAACAUCACCAAGGACGACAGAACAUCACCAAGGACGACAGAACAUCACCAAGGCCGACAGAACAUCCCCAAGGACGACAGAACAUCACCAAGGACGACAGGACAUCACCAAGGACGACAGAACAUCACCAAGGACGACAGGACAUCACCAAGGACUAAAGGACAUCACCAAGGACGACAGGACCCCCAAGGACGACAGGACAUCACCAAGGACGACAGGACAUCACCAAGGACGACAGGACAUCACCAAGGACGACAGGACAUCACCAAGGACGACAGAACAUCACCAAGGACGACAGGACAUCAACAAGGACGACAGGACAUCCCCAAGGACGACAGGACGUCACCAAGGACGACAGGACAUCACCAAGGACGACAGGACAUCACCAAGGACGACAAGAUAUCACUAAGAACGUCAGGACAUCCCCAAGGACGACAGGACACCCCCAAGGACGACAGGACAUCACCAAGGACGACAGGACAUCACCAGAGAAGACAUGACAUCCCAAGGACGACAGGACAUCAACAAGGACGACAGGACAUCGCCAAGAACGACAGGACAUCACCAAGGACGACAGGACAUCACCAAGGACGAUAG